ACCGGAAGUGACGCAAUGCGCUGUCAAAGCUCCCAGUCCGUCAGCAGCGAGUCAGAAGGGCCGGAGAGUAAACAAGCUUUGCGUCGCCAUCUCCGUCUUUAAAGGUCUCGGCCAAGAGCAAGAUGGGGGCUGUGCUGGGCCUCUGCUCCAUGGCGAGCUGGAUUCCAUGUUUAUGUGGCAGUGCCCCAUGUUUACUGUGCCGAUGCUGCCCCAGUGGAAAUAACUCCACUGUAACAAGGCUGAUAUAUGCACUGUUUUUGCUUCUUGGAGUCGCUGUGGCAUGCGUGAUGCUGAUACCAGGAAUGGAAGAACAGCUGAUGAAGAUUCCUGGAUUUUGUGAUCAUUCUGUGCACUGUGAUGUUCUAGUGGGGUACAAAGCUGUGUAUCGGGUCUGCUUUGGUUUGGCCAUGUUUUUCCUCCUGUUCUCCUUAUUGAUGAUCAAGGUGAAGAGUAGCAGUGAUCCAAGAGCAUCAGUGCACAAUGGAUUCUGGUUCUUUAAAUUUGCUGCAGCAGUUGCUAUUACAGUUGGUGCAUUUUUCAUUCCUGAAGGACCCUUUACAACAGUUUGGUUUUAUGUAGGCAUGGCAGGCGGUUUCUGCUUCAUUCUUAUCCAGCUGGUUUUACUUAUUGACUUUGCCCAUUCCUGGAAUGAGUCUUGGGUGGAAAAAAUGGAGGAAGGCAACUCGAGAUGCUGGUAUGCAGCUUUGCUGUCUGCCACAGCCCUGAACUAUCUUCUGUCUCUGGUGGCAGUGGUCCUCUUUUAUGUUUAUUAUACUCAUCCAGAAGGCUGUUCUAAUAACAAGGCAUUCAUCAGUGUCAAUAUGCUGCUGUGUAUUGGAGCAUCUAUAAUAUCAAUUUUGCCUAAGAUCCAGGAAUCACAGCCAAGAUCUGGCUUGUUGCAGUCAUCUGUGAUUACAGUUUACACAAUGUAUCUAACUUGGGCAGCAAUGACCAAUGAACCAGACCGAGAGUGCAAUCCAAGCUUGCUCAACAUAAUUGGCUAUAAUUCCACAAGCACUCCAAGUAAGACCGGAUUUGUCCACUGGUGGGAUGCUCAAGGAAUUGUAGGGCUGAUCCUGUUUUUACUCUGUGUUCUGUACUCGAGCAUCCGGACAUCCAAUAACAGUCAAGUAAAUAAACUGACCCUGACCAGUGAUGAGUCAACCUUGAUCGAAGAUGGACUUCCGAGGAGUGAAGGCUCUCUUGAUGAUGGGGAUGAUUACAAUCGUGCUGUUGACAACGAGAGAGAUGGAGUUACCUACAGUUACUCAUUCUUCCACUUUAUGCUUUUCCUUGCUUCACUUUAUAUCAUGAUGACUCUCACCAACUGGUACAGCCCUGACCCUACUUCUGCAUCAAUGACCAGUACAUGGCCAUCCGUCUGGGUGAAGAUUUCUUCCAGCUGGAUUGGGAUUGUUCUCUAUGUGUGGACUCUGGUGGCUCCACUUGUUCUUACAAACCGCGAAUUUGACUAAGCCAGGCAUCAUAUCUAUAAGCUUUGCUUACCUUUUGUUGCUUAUUGAAGCUGACAGUAUUUCGCACUAGGAUGUAACUGUACAUACAUGUGUGUAGUAUCAGUGUGCAUUAGUCUGUCUUAAUUCUGCAUGUUUGCUUUUAAAUCAUACCAUAUUGCCAUUUCGAUUAUUCUUUUCUAGGUGAGCUUGAUGACGUGUACUAGUUACAGGGCCAAAACACAUGGUAGUAAUGCUUUUGUGAGUUACAUGCAACAUAAUGCUUGUAGAAAACAUAGAUGAGGUGGUGGUGUUCUGUUGGUGAUUUAAUGUUGCACUAGCCUAGCAGUGGUGCCAAUGAUAGUAAACUACCUAGACAAAUGACACCUAAUCAACUUGUGAAGGCGUAUGAUGAAAGCAUUUCUGUGAUAGAUCAAUAUUGUAUUUGACACUUUUGCAAGACUGAAAAUGCUGUUUCUACAAGUGAUAGCUUUGCUGUAGCAGAAUAACAGCUUUGGAUAUCAUCUGUGGCACAUUUAAAACAGUAUCCCCUGCUGCUACUUUCCACUUUGACACAAAUGCUAGAAGUUCCUACCCAUUUUGAUGUCUGCUAUUGUAUACUAAGGCUGAGUCAGAAUGAGAUGUUUCUUUUCAUUAAACUAUUCACACAAAGGGCUUCCCUCACUUAAGUCAGUAAUCUUUCAGAGAAGCAGUUGAAAAUUAAUGUUUUCUCUCCUUUUUGGUAGUAUCUACAGAGCCACCUGCCAUGUGUUGGUGGGAAAUGUUAUACUUUAAUACAAAGUUCCCACAGAUGACCCAGCUACUGGAGACUCCUGCAUCUUGGCAUGUGUCCUCAAAAGUAUUUUAAUGAUUGUAAAUUGGGAAAAUAUUUCAUGUUAUAAUCUGAUGGGGUGGAGGUACAAACAGUGUUCGAAAUAAGCUAGGGUUGUCUCUAUCAGCCUUUGAACUUGAUUGCAGAAGUUAAUUUUAGUAAUAAUUUUUACAUUAUAAUGUUCUUGUUGGUAUAAUAUUAGCCUUGUUCUAAGAUGGAAUACUAAAAUUUAUUACUUUUGCAUUCAUGAUGUGUGCCAUAGAAAAGAGGGAAUUGAGGCUAUGGAAGAAAGGAACUUCUGAGGUUAUUGCAUUGUGAAUGAUUGUUUGGAAACCUCUGAUGCAGAAUAUGAAUUGAUUACCUCGGUUAAGAUUAACUGGCCUAUGGGAGUUGGGAACUUGGCUAAAUAAGUAGUGCAGAAGCAAAGGAGUCUCAGAUUUGUCAAUAAGCUCAUGAGCCAUAGUUGAACAAGUUUCAGAGAAUACAAUAAUGGAGGAAGGGGCAGGGCUAAUAGAGAGGGAAAUAAUGUAUUUGUGCUUCAGUGGUUAUAGCCAUGAAACUGAAAUAAUUGAAUGAAAUAAUCAAUGAAAUAAUAUUUUAGUUGACUGAUGGAGUUGGUUGUGCAACUGCUUUGAGCAUCCAAGAAAACAACAGCCUCUUGCAUCCUGCAGAACAACUGUGGCUGAGGUGGGUGGGUGGUGGGACUUGUAAGUUUGUAUUUACAGCACAAAUUCCUCAUCACACUUGCCCCCUCAAAGAGCCUGACUCCAAAUUCAGGCAUUCAGAAAACAACUGGUUAUAGGCAGCAAAGCCAACUGCUGACAGUGGCUUUUCUUCCUCCUACUUUUCAUUUUGGGCUAUAGAGGGUAUCCCUUCAACAUCAAGGUGUUACUCUAGUUAUGGUUUGAGUUGCUGAAUUCUAGUGUCAGACUGCUCUUGUUUUAUUUAUUUCAGAUGGAGAGGUGUAAAGAGAUUUGGUUGGAUGCACUCUGCCUGUUGAAGGAUCGAAUUUCUGUUCUAAGCUUGGGGUCUUUACUAAAAAGAAAAGGAACAUUUCUUUUUAAGGUUACAUUUGGAAUUGUGAGAAACUUGCAUGGAUGUGCACCAUGAAUAUUAGUUGUCAUUUUGCCUGGUUUUACUUUUACGUGCAGUGUACAAUUAGUGCAAUCUAAUAGUGCAUGUUCUUAGAUGCUUUGUUUUUGUAUUCCUUUGAUACUAUGAGUUUUAUUUUUUUAACUUAAUCAGUCCUUGAAAAUAUUUAGCAUUAGUAAUAAUUGCAAGAACUUGAAAGAUGAAGUUGGCUUGAGAAGCCAGUGGUUUUAAGCAGAAGGGCAGCAAAUUAUGCUUUCAUGCACCCUUGUGGCUCAGAUAUACUAUUUGGGGAUUGCUGAGCUUUGUUUGAAAGUCAAAGAUAGCUAUGCCUUUCUUUUCACUUAAACCAUUCUGGAUACAUUGCCAAGUAUUGUUUUUAGUUGAGCAGCUGUAUUCUACAGCUGACCAUUACAAGGUUGUAACUGAUACUUUUGUCUGAUGCCAUUUUAUUUUCAGUGUAAUCUAGUACUGCUGCUAGUCCUUUUUGUGUCCAUUGCCAGCAGUCGAUUUUACUCAGAAAAUCCAUUGUCUACAAUACCUGGAAACCUCUAGGUCUGUUUUGUAGCUUAGUGUAUUUUGUAAAAUUGUGUUUACUGCUUUAACUGGAAAUAUAAUUAUAGCUUGCUCCAACUGAAAAUUGUCAAAAGUGGGAUAAAACAGAUGUUUUAACUUCAGCAUUCUUUACCCUGGUGUGCAUUUUAUGAGUAUUAAUACUUCCAUGUCUAUUCAAAAUCAUUGUAAUAUAUACUAAAAGGCUAGGAUCAUUAUGAAUGAAAUGUGGAAAUAAUUUUAAUAUUUAGUCAUAUAAGAUUGUGUAUGCUGUAUACUGUCAAUAAACAUUCACACAACAUG